UUGAUCUGUAGUUCCAUAACGGAGCCGAAAUGGACGCAGCUUCUCUUUGUCAACAAAGCCUAUGCUUUUCUCACGUGAGUUUUGUUUACAGGACGUUGAUCCCUCUUAGCAGCAUUCUGGUCGAUUGGGGCUUCAAUCUACAGAUGUUAAUAAAAAAAUAUUUUUUAUUAAAUGAUGGUAAUUGUGUUAAGCGGCCCAUACUUUAUUAAAUACCUUAAUGUUUCAGAAACCACAAGUGUGACGUUUAUUAGUCGCGACGCGAGAGAAGCCAGCGUGCUAGAUGUUUGUUCCUGGUUUUGCUGCUGGCGUUAAAUCGCGAUUGAUCUGAAGCGAACUUCCGAAUUCAAAACUGAGAGCACAUGAGUACAAAGCAAUCUGAAAACGGCUUUCUAAUUACUUUGGGAUUAAAAAGAUAGUAUACAUGAAACAGGAGACCAGACUAGACUGUUCUACACUGCACCUUCAGAGCAUCAGUGAUUUCUAAGAACGAGUUCACAGUUGUUCUUAGCCUUCAGUGCUGAGGUGCAGUACAGUCCCCAAUGAAGAAUAAGGCAGAAUAGAAGAAUAAAGAACUGAAUUGGAUUCUGUGAUCUGGACAUGCGCCUCCAGGGCAGAGAUGCCUGCUGUGCCACAGAGGUGCUGAUCCAUCUCGUGCGGUGAUCCACUCUGCCCAGAGCUCUGCUGCACCCUGCAGGCAUGGCUGCCAAACCGUUUGCCCCCGAGGAAGCCAGAAGGACCGUGGGGGCUCUCAGGCAGCCGGCCGUCUUCUGCAAUAUGGCGUCCGAUUGGCCUGGACUGCAGUGGAACGUGGACUACCUGUCACGCGUCCUCGAAAGCCGGCCGAUCAAAUUCCGACUUGGGAAGAGACAAGAAAGAAACGUUCCUCUGUUUGAAACCCAGUGCUCCUAUACAGAGGCCAAGCUGCAGGACUUCGUGGCUUGGUCCAGGGGGCAGACGGCCUCUCCCUCCGAGCCCUUCUCUGACUACUUGCUUUCUGAGUACUGGGCCUAUGCUGACUACAAGUACAUUGCCAUGCUUUUUGCAGACAAAGCCUCCAUGUUUGAGGAUAUAAAGUGGGAGGAUUUUGGAUUCCCAGGCAGGGAUGCGAGAGACAGUACCCUGUGGAUUGGCACAGAGGGGGCAAACACUCCCUGCCACCUGGACUCGUAUGGGUGUAACCUGGUGCUUCAAGUGCAGGGAAGAAAACGAUGGCACCUUUUCCCCCCAGAAGACACACGCUGCCUGUAUCCCACCAGGAUACCUUAUGAGGAGUCCAGUGUGUUCAGCAAGGUGAACGUGGUCAACCCAGACUACUCGCAGUUCCCUGCUUUUGGCCAAGCUAAGCCACAUGUGGUCACAUUGAAGCCCGGACAGGUUCUGUUCGUUCCCAGACACUGGUGGCAUUAUGUGGAAUCAAUUGAUCCCAUCACCGUCAGCAUCAACUCCUGGAUUGAAAUGGAUAUUGAUGACGAAGCACGUGUUGGAGAGGCUCUAACUAAGACUAUUGUAUGUGCCCUGAAGUCUGCUGGCAGUCCUGACAAUGGGGAUGUGUGGCUGAACCCCACGGAGGCUGAAGUCUCUUCCCAUGAAGAAAACCUACUCUACCUAAAUCUUGCCGUGCAGUCAUGCUUGGAGAAGCAGAAAUGCCACUGUAAUAAAUCUACAGCCUUCAAGUCUGGGACAGCCAUAAGGCUGGGAAAACGGGAUUUCAGAGGACAAGCAAAACGGACAGAACCUGCUGAGGAAGGUGCUGACAGCCAUGAGCCGGCAGAGAUUUCCACAGUUCCUUUCGGGCCCAAUCUUGUCGCCGUGCCUCUGAAAUUAGAUGAGCAAGCACCACAGUGUCAGGCUGGUGGAGCCCAGGACAGCAGGCAUCGUGUCUGCGCUCCCAGCAGUCCUAGCAGUCAGCUCAGCUGCGGUUUUGGUGACGAGCAUAGCUGCCCCAGGAAACCAGAGAGAGGCGAGGCUGAGGUCACAACAUUUAGUAACAAGAAACGCACAGGCGGCAGCCACAGGUUCUCACCAAUCUCCACCAAUGAGCUGCUGGACAGCCUGGUCCACCCCGAAGUCAUUGCUUUGGUUACCAAGAUUCUGAUGGACAAACAAAAUGCUGUCUGACAGGAGGGUGAAUAUAUUGUAGAGAAAGCAGAGCAAAUAUGUAACAACAGUGUGUGCACACACAUGCUAACACAUACGUCUGUCUUCUUUUCCUAAAAAGGAACAAUUUCCAAAUGAGCAAAGAAAGGAAGACAUGAAAUUUUUUCUUGUUUAAUGAAAAUUAUUUUUUCCAAACAUUUUGGAGGGGCUUUUGUCUUUUAAAGAAUUGGACAAAUAUAUCUAUUAACUUUGAAAAGGGUAUGAUUUUCAAGAAUUAAAAGGCUGUUUUUAAAAUAGCUCAGCCAAAAAGAACAAGUCGAAAGUAUGGUUAACUCUGUGGUGCAAGAAAUGAGGUAAAGAUUAGACCGUAUUAAUAGGUUUUCAUAUAUUGAAAUUAUUGUGUGUAGCUUCUCUUGUCUCCUUUUGCACACACGCACAUUCAGAUUUAUAAAAAUGUGACUAUAAUUAUCUUGUACAAGCUCACAACUGACAAAUCUGUGACACGUUGACAAAUCUGUGACAAGUUUUAAUAAAUUAAUAAAUGUCUUGGCAUAAUAGCAAGCACAGUAAUCAUUCUUUUUGGAAUGCUUGAUAUUUUAAAUUCUUGGCAGUAUUAUGUGCUAUCUGUAAAUUGUUUUGAAUCGUGUUCAGUGGUAGGAAGGUAGUUCUUUUUUUGUUUCCAGAUUUUAAAUAAACUUAAGCUGUUUUUGUACUGCA